AAUUUGACUACCUACGCAUAAUUUUGUUUGGACAGCGGAAGUGGUGGGGUGGGAUUUUAUUUAUUUAUUUGAAAAGAGACCAAAAAAUCAAAUCAAAGAAAACAGCAUCUUGGAAGAAGGGGCGGGUGGGUGAAGCGUUGCUUCCUCCUUUCAUUUUCCCUUCUCUCUUCCAUUUUCAUUCUCAAAAUUCCACUUAUCUACCCCUCAAUUCAUUCUCCAAUUCCAGCAAUUUCAUUUUCCCUUUUCCAAUUCAUCAUACAAAACAUUUCACACUCUUUGUGAAUUCAAUUGAUCACACAAACCAAAAGGACAGGGCAAACAUGGGAAUGAAACAACUUAUUAAGAACCUCGAUGCGUUUCCUCGCGCAGAGGAUCAUUUAUUGCACAAAACCCAAUCCGGUGCUCUUGUUUCCGUAAUCGGUUUAAUUAUAAUGGCCACCUUGUUCCUGCACGAGCUGGGUUAUUAUCUUACAACUUACACAGUUCACGAGAUGUCAGUAGACUUGAAGCGCGGAGAAACUCUUCCAAUUCAUAUAAAUAUGACAUUCCCUUCUUUACCUUGUGAUGUUUUAAGCGUAGAUGCCAUUGAUAUGUCUGGAAAGCAUGAGGUGGAUCUUGAUACAAACAUAUGGAAACUUCGUUUGAACAGUUAUGGCCAGAUAAUUGGCACUGAAUAUAUAUCUGAUCUUGUUGAAAAGGAACAUGUUGCUCACAAGCAUGAUGAUGAUGAUAAAGAUCAUCAUGAUGAACAUUCAGAACAAAAAAUUCACUUACAAACCUUUGAUGAAUCCACUGAAAAUACUAUUAAGAAGGUGAAGGAGGCAUUAAAACAUGGGGAAGGAUGCCGGGUUUAUGGUGUUUUAGACGUUCAAAGGGUUGCUGGAAAUUUCCAUAUUUCAGUGCACGGACUAAACAUAUAUGUUGCACAAAUGAUCUUUGAUGGAGCAAAGAAUGUGAACGUUAGUCAUGUCAUCCAUGAUUUGUCAUUUGGCCCCAAAUUUCCAGGACAUCAUAACCCACUUGAUGGGACAACAAGGAUUCUUCAUGAUGCAAGUGGAACUUUUAAAUACUAUAUAAAGGUUGUUCCAACUGAAUAUAGAUACAUCUCAAAAGAAGUUCUACCGACCAAUCAGUUCUCAGUUACAGAAUAUUUUUCCCCCAUUACUAGUCAGUUUGAUCGGACAUGGCCAGCUGUCUACUUUUUGUAUGAUCUAUCGCCUAUUACUGUUACUAUCAAGGAAGAGCGCCGCAGUUUUCUACAUUUUAUUACCCGGCUUUGUGCUGUGCUAGGUGGAACCUUUGCUGUAACAGGGAUGCUGGACCGUUGGAUGUACAGACUUGUUGAAGCUGUAACCAAACCAAAGGCUAAACGGUAAAACUGGAAGUCAUGACAAUAUCUAGCAACUCUCCUGCAUCUCCAAGAGAUUCAGGCACUAUUUAGAAUUCACUUCCAUAUUCACAGAUUUGAAAUGUAGCAGCAUAGUUGAAUCAAGUAUCAACAUAUGAACUUCUACAGAUCUGUGGUCAUGGAAUUCUUUAUAUUGUCUGACAUCAAUGAUUAGCUUAUCUUAGCAAAAUGUUUGGAAUAGAUUUUGGUGGAUGUAAACGUGCGGCCAAGUGAACUCUACAUGUUGUAGCUUUUGCCUCAACUUGAGUUGCCACCGUGAAAACUUGGAUUUCCAAACACACUAUUAAUCUCUUUUGUUUUGGAAUGGAUGUUUUGUGGUUGUGGACAGCAUUGUCAUUGCAAUCAUAACCAGAAUUUGCUUUUGUAAAACAAUUUUUUUUUAAUAUAGUGAUCGAGGUAUAUUGCCAGUUUUUGGUA